AUGUUAUCCCGCACAACCCCCCGACUCCUCCUAUCAGCUGUGCGCCGCACCUCCACAUCCACAACCACCCGCCCACCCGCCGCCUCCGCUCUGCUUCCCCGAUCCCGCACCGUCCGCAGCUCUCUGCCACCCGCCCGCUCAUUCCAUGCCUCGCCUGCUACUGCCAAGGGCAUCACCCCGGGCUCAGAAGACCCGCCCGCCCCGAACCCGCAGUCAGCCCCGGUCGCGGGUGCCGCGACGCAUGUGACGGAGCCGUCGCCGUUGACGCCGGAGCAGUACUAUGAGUACUCGGAGCAUUACUUCAAUGUGCUCCUCGGGGAGCUGGAGAAGGUGCAGGAGGAGGGGGUGAUGUUGAAGCGGAGUAUAGCCGGCGUCCUCAACAUCUCCGUCCCCGCCAUCGGCACCUACGUCCUCAACAAACAACCCCCCAACAAACAAAUCUGGCUCAGCUCGCCCGUCUCGGGCCCCAAGCGCUACGAUUGGAUCAUCGAGGGCGACCGCAUGCACGAGAAGCAGGAGUCGCGCCCCUUUGUCAAUGGCCAGUGGAUUUAUCUGCGCGACGGCUCCAAUCUGACCGAUCUGCUUAAUACCGAGCUGACGCUGGGGUUGCCGCGUGAUAUAUAUAGUGUUGUUACAGAUGCGUGA